AUGCCCCGGCUUAAACCUCGCAUUCUGAUUUCCUUCCUCUCCCCAAUCCUCGUAUUAUUCUUGGUAUUCAAUGUUCAAGGCCAUUUUGAACGAGAGAGAUCUCGAUUCCCUCUCGUCCUCCUUGUGUCCUUCGACGGAUUUGGGCAUGACUAUUUCGAGAAGGCAAAGACACCGAAUUUCGAUUUGUUGAAGAAGGAAGGGGCGUUUAUUCCCCGUCUCACUCCCGUUUUCGUCACCAAAACGUUCCCAAAUCACCAGUCCAUAGUGACAGGACUCUUUGCUGAAAGUCAUGGGGUCCUGGGUUCCAGCCUCUACGAUCAGGCCAAUGAAUCUCUUGUCGAUCUCUUCAGUGAUGGAGAGUUUUAUGCUACAAAGAACUCCAAAGCUAUACCUGUGUGGACACUAAAUGAAGAUGCAGAUGAGGGUAGGAAAAGUGGAGUGGUGGCAUGGCCAGGAUACAACUUCCAUUAUGGAUCUAAUCACAGACUUCCUACUCACUCCAUGUCCUUUGCCAGUAACUUGACCUACAGACAGUGGGUAAAGAGCAUGGAUACUGCUAUCAGCUGGUUUGAACACCACACAACCCCGGCCAAUCUGGUUGUGUUUUAUCUUGCAGAACCAGAUACCACAGGCCAUUUAUAUGGCCCUGAGUCAGAGCAGGUGAAGGAAAAGAUCAGUCAGAUUGAUGAUCUAGUUGGUCAUAUGGUAUCCAAGUUGAAAGAACUUGAACUCUUGAGUGAGGUGAAUCUGAUCAUACUCUCCGAUCAUGGAAUGUUGUCUGUCCCACGCAAGAACAUCAUCCACCUCCGUGAUAUUGCUGAUCCCAGAGACUACCACAUCGCCAAUUCUUCUCCCUCAUUAUUUAUUUAUCCUAACCCAGGUAAAGAAGCAAAAGUACUGGAAGCCUUCAAGAAAGCUUCGAUGCAAAUGAACUUUACCUUCUAUGAGACAUGGAGUGCUCCAGAUCAUUGGCACUUCAAGGAAAACCCCUAUCUUCCUCCAUUCUUCAUUAUUGCUGACAAGGGCUAUGCAUUUGAUGAGGUUCCUUGGCUUGUUAACUAUAAUGAUGGGCAGGAAUUUCAUGGGGUUCAUGGCUAUGACAACCUUAUGCCAGAGAUGCAACCAUUCUUUCUGGCCAGAGGACCUGCAUUCAAGAAAGGCUAUGUGGGUUCAUCACUGGAGAGUGUUGAUAUUUACCCACUACUCUGUCACCUCCUCCAAUUGACUCCAAAUCCAAACAACGGAUCUUUGAUUCAUGCUUUGCCACUUCUCAUCCAACCUCCUUCCCACAUCUUCUCUCUCAUUGAAAUUAUUGCUGCAUAUAUGCUAGCCUGCUUUGCUGUGAUGAUAGCAGCUUGCUUUGUGCUUGGUGCCAUGUGGCAGCCAAGAACCAAGUCAUCUGUUGAAACAUAUAAUCUCUGGAGCAGGAAUGGAGAGAAAGAAAGCAAUGCUGAUGAAAGUGUCAAGCUACUUGUCAAUGAGGAUGAUGUCUCACCUUGA